GGCUGAGUGUAUUGGGGGAUCCCACAUCAAUUGGAGAAGUGAACAAGUGCCAGCGAGGACGCUGGGCCCCGAAGGGGGGUGGAUUGUGAGAUCUCACAUUAGUUGGAGAGAGGAACUAAGCAUUCCUUAUAAAGGUGUGGAAAUCUCUCCCUAAUAGAUCGCAUUUUAAAAUCAUGAAGUUGACGGCGAUAUAUAAUGGGCUAAAACGGACAAAGUUUAGUGUGAUUUUGCAAUAUAGUAAUUGGACAAAUGUAGUGGCAGUGGAAACUGUGGGAUGAGGAAUAGAACCCACCACCUGCUUUGCCACUUUGUAGCUGAUAGGUAUGCCUCAUGCCUUGAAAAAGUGGGAGAUGACAAUGGGAGCAGUAUAUUUAAAAACCUCCACCCAUUUGCACACAUUCUCUUCUUGAUUUACAACAAAACCAGACCCUUUCUUCAAAAAAAUGUAUAUUUCUGUAAAGUUUCAGUAUUAAUGGCAGAAGAGGAUACCUCCUCUGAACCUUCUUCUUCUUCUUCUUCUUCUUCUUCUUCGUCGUCGUCGUCUUCUUCAGCUCUCACCUCUACAAUGUCCACUCCAUUGCGGAAGGUGUUCUGUAGAAUUUCAGGCCUUGCAACUUCUCUGAGAAGAAACACAGCCCCUCACAGCAGAAGAAUCUUUCACAGAGAUGUUGAACAACAAGAGUUUCAAUAUGCAAGCUCUCAUUGCCUUUCUUCUUAUUACAGUGUCUUUGUUGCUCGCCUUGCCAUAAUGGUGAUGCUAGCUAUUUUGAUUGGGAUGCUGACAAUACUCACAUGGCACUUCACGAAGAGCUACACGGCACAGUCGCUCGACAGCUUAGCGUAUGGUCUUCGUCAUGAACUGCUGCAGCGCCCGAUCUUACGGAUGUGGAGUGUCUUGAAUUCCACAGCUGAAAUAACCACAGCUCAGGUUAAGCUUUCAGAAUAUGUAAUGAGGAAGUACAGCAAGCCAGUGAAUCAAGCAGAGCAAGUUGAGUUGUAUGAAGCAAUGAGAGACGUUACGUGGGCGAUGUUUGCAAGUCGAAAAGCUCUUAAUGCCAUAACAAUCAAUUACAAGAAUGGUUUUGUCCAAGCGUUCCAUCGAGAUCAUAGAAGCAACAAUACGUUUUAUAUUUACUCGGAUCUUGCAAACUAUUCCAUCACUGCCACUCAAUCAUAUAAUAUAAAUCGACUUUCAUCGGGUGAAGGGUGGUCGGAACCACCCAUACAUGGCAAUGUUUCUGCAAAAUGGUACCGGGAACCACUUGAUCCGAUCAGCGGUGAGAAGAUGGGGAAAGCAAGGCAAAUCCCACCAGAGGACUUGAUUAACAUUCCUGGCAUUUCACAGGUAGCUGAUGGUGUUGCCUCAUGGCAUGUUACUGUCAGCAAGUACAUGGAUACACCAUUGCUUUCAGCAGCCCUGCCUGUUUCAGAUGCUUCAAACGAAAGCAUAGUUGCGGUGGUCGGUGUCACGACCGCACUUUCGAGUGUCGGUCAACUUAUGAAGGAGCUUGUUGAGUUCCAUAGUGGACAUAUUUAUCUAACCUCUCAAGAGGGCUACUUGCUUGCUACUUCAGCCAAUGCUCCCUUGUUAAGAAAUACAUCGACCGGUCGGAAGCUUAUGAUGGCUGUCGAUUCCCAAGAUGACGUGAUUCGAUUAGGAGCCGAAUGGCUACACAAAACCUAUGGAAACAACUUUCCUCCUGGUCAUGAGGUCCAUGAAGAGAACGUCAAGCUUGGUGGUCAGCAAUAUUACAUCGACUCAUUUUUUCUUAAUCUAAAGAAGCUUCCCAUUGUGGGGGUUGUUAUCAUUCCUAGGCAAUACAUAAUGGGAAAGGUAGAUGAAAGAGCUUACAAAACAUUGGUUAUACUCAUUUCUGCCUCUUUGUGCAUCUUAGUUGUUGGAUGUCUAUUCAUUUUGAUUCUGACAAAAGGAGUAUCUAAGGAAAUGAAACUAAGAGCUGAACUAAUAAGCCAUCUUGAUGCAAGAAGAAGAGCAGAGGCAUCUAGUAAUUACAAGAGUCAAUUUCUCGCGAAUAUGAGUCAUGAGCUGAGGACACCGAUGGCUGCGGUAAUUGGACUGCUCGACAUUCUAAUGUGCGAUGAUUGUCUUAAUAACGAACAGUUUUCGACAGUCACUCAGAUUCGAAAAUGCUCGACAGCUCUACUCCGACUUCUUAACAACAUUCUAGAUCUAAGCAAGGUUGAAUCUGGAAAGCUAGUUUUGGAAGAUGCAGAGUUUGAUCUGGGACGAGAACUCGAAGGGCUUGUUGAUAUGUUUUCCGUGCAAUGCAUUGAUCAUAAUGUGGAAACUGUAUUGGAUCUCUCUGAUGAUAUGCCGAGAUUAGUUCGAGGAGACUCCGGUCGGGUUGUUCAAAUAUUCACGAACUUGAUUAGCAACUCUAUCAAAUUCACAACUACUGGUCACAUCAUUCUUCGAGGGUGGUGCGAGACGUCAAAUACGCUCAAAGAAAUGGGAAAGUCUUGUAUGGAUCAAAAGAAAUCACGGUUUCCAAAUCGGACGAAGAUGAAACAACAGGGAGACCACGCGAAGAACGCGUUCAAGAAAGAUAACAAAAUGACCUUAUGGUUUGAACUUGAUGACACUGGCUGUGGGAUCGAUCCUAGCAAAUGGGAGUCUGUUUUUGAAAGCUUUGAGCAAGCAGAUCCCUCGACAACCCGAACGCACGGUGGCACUGGUCUUGGACUAUGCAUUGUACGUACCUUGGUUAACAAGAUGGGUGGUGAAAUCAAGGUUGUAAAGAAAAACGGCCCGGGAACUCUAAUGCGACUUUAUUUGGUUCUCAGCACACCUGUAGACUCCAUAGAUCAUCAAUGUCAAUUUGAUUUUGCAAAACAUAAUGCAGUGGUACUGCUCGCACUCCGUGGCAGCACGAGUCGAUUAAUCACAUCGCAGUGGCUUUGUAAGAUCGGACUGUUCACUUUAGAGGCUUCAGAAUGGAAUGAACUAACUCUAAUCCUUCAAGAACUCUUUCAAGCCAGAAAGUUUGAAAACAAAAAGGGAUUUAGUCCACAGGAUUCCCUCGGUGAACCCUUACGAGCCGAGUUAACGAGAAUUAAGGACAUGAAAAGCCAAACGUUCAUCGUCGUUGCCGAUAUCGGGAUACUGGACUUGAGCACGGAUAUUUGGAAGGAUCAACUUUACUUCCUUGACAAGUACUCUGGAAAAGUGAAGUUUGCGUGGAUGUUAAACCACGAUACGUCCAACGCCAUGAAGACGGAGCUUCGGGGAAAAGGACACUUUAUAGUGAACAAUAAGCCGCUGUAUAGAGCAAAAAUGAUUCAUAUUUUGGAAGCUGUUAUGAAGGACAGAAGUCUUGAGAUUCAGAGGAAAAAUGGUUUAAGAAAUGCAUCAAAAGAAGGGGAUUAUCAUGAAUGCCUUGAAAUUGAUUCAACUCAGUUUGAAACUGCUAGCUCUGAUGAUUCUGAUUUAGCUGAACUUGACAAGUCCAAGUCUCAGUGUGCAACAUUUCAAGAAGAAACAAUGCCAAAACCUUGUCAGCCGCCAUUUUUGUCCCUUAACGAUAGCUUAGUUGAGUUAACUCGUGUACGUUCGACUGCGAGUAACGCAAGGACCGGUGGUUCAUGUGACAUGAGACAAGACUCAUCCAAUGGACUGAACUUUGGAGGAAACUAUCCCAAAAGCCAAGAAGAAUCAGAUUCUAAUAAUGUUCAUGGUAAGAAAUCUCUUGAAGGGCUACGCAUUUUGCUUGCAGAAGAUACACCGGUUCUUCAAAGAGUAACGACGAUAAUGCUCGAAAGAAUGGGAGCCACGGUGAUCCCUGUCGGAGAUGGGCUGCUGGCUGUUGAAGCUCUGACUGCAAUGCUUAGUGCUGAAGAGCAAAGAAGAGAAUGCCCCACAAGAUAUGAUUUGGUCUUGAUGGAUUGCCAAAUGCCAAAGAUGGACGGCUACGAAGCAACAAAAGCGAUUAGAAAGCUAGAAUUGGGAACAAGCCUUCACAUACCGAUCGUAGCAUUGACAGCUCACGCAAUGUCGUCGGAUGAAGCCAAAUGCUUGGAGGUAGGAAUGGAUGCAUACCUAACAAAGCCAAUUGACUAUAAGCUGAUGGUAUCCACCAUACUUUCCCUCACUCAGAGAAAAGUCUAAGAAACGUUGCUUACGAUUCUCGAGCUACACUACGUGCUAAUAUUUUCGGUUUUGCAAAUCAAAAUGGUCACUUUUUAACCGAACAAAAAGGAGACGAGAAGGCAUUUAAGGGUCGGAACGGGGCAUAUAUUCAAGAGACGGGUUUAAUGCUGAAGAGUGUAAAUUUGCUGCCAUAAGUAGGUAGGUUCUUUGUGUCCAUUGAGCUUUGUACAUAUUGUUGUAGGGCAGAUGAAAGGCUGCUUAAGUUUUCCCACUUUUUGUAAUUAGUAGUGAGAUAACAAAGUUAGGUAUUAUGAUGUAAAGAACAUUCUAACCGUGCAAGUAAAAGUAAGAAUAAGAGGGGAAUUAAGCUCUUCUCUUCGUAAUCAUUUAACCA